GACAAAUGAAUGAUAAGAAGCAAAUAGCUAGAAACGCAAAUACUUCUUAUGGACUUUCGAUUUUCUUUAUUAUUUUGUAGCUAAUCAUAAACCAAGAGAGAGUUCUUUCAACCGAGCGCUAAUUUAGUGAUAACCGCAGUGCAUUUAAAACAAAGCAGUUUGUAUUAGAAUAACGCAGUUCUACUGUUGAAAGCGAACUUAACAGACAUAUAUACUAACGCUAGACGCUAACGGACUGUUGAGCAGGGGAAAAAACAACAACAACAAGCAAAUUUCAUACUAAAAACUGUUCUAAUUAAAAAAUAAAACUUUUAAAUAAAUAACAACAUGGACUUAAGUGGCAAGAAUGUAAUUUACGAAGGUGGCUUUGGCGGCAUUGGACAGCGUUGUCUGCAGGAAUUUCUAGCCAAAGGAGUGAAGAACUUAGCCAUUUUCGAUUUGCAAGAGAAUGCAACGCUGCUGCAAACCCUACAAAAUGCAUAUCCCGAUGCCAAUAUUUUCUUUGUGCAAUUCGAUAUCACUAAAAAGGAUAGCAUUACAGCAGCUUUCAAAAUAGCUGUCGAGAAAAUGGGUCACUUUGAUUUGCUUGUCAAUGGUUGUGGGCUAAUGGAUGAUAAUCAAGUUGAACUAAUGAUUGACAUUAAUUUGAUGGGUCUGAUACACAGCACUUUUGCUGCUCUGCCCUAUAUGGAUAAAUCAACUGGUGGACGUGGCGGCAUUAUAAUCAACAUCUCAUCGGUAGCUGGCUUGGAACCAACGGCAGCUGUAUCUGUUUAUUCAGCGGCAAAGCACGGUGUCACGGCAUUUACACGUUGCAUGGCGAAUCCCUUCUAUUUCAAACAUCACGGCGUCACUUUUAUCACUAUUUGUCCUGGCAUUACAGAGACCGCGCUUGUGGCGAAUCCACACACAAAAUCCACAUUUAAAUUUGCUGCUGGUUUAGCUGCGCGUUUAGAUGAAGCCGGACGCCAAAGUCCUGAAAUUUGUGCUAAAAAUUUAGUAAAGGUUGCUGAGACUGGUAAAAAUGGUGGCGUUUAUAUGCUUGACUUGGGCGAAAUCAAAGAAAUUACAUUCCCAGUUAUGUGGGAACCAGUUUUUAAAUCAUGAGAUGAAAGUUUAAUUUCAAGCGUGGAAAUUAUUCAAAUUAGAAAGCGGUGCAUAAAGUAAUAUACAAAUAGUGCUUAUCGUAACUAUACGACAUCAACAACUUUGACUAGUUUAAAUUGCUUUAUUUAAAAUAUAUAUAGUUAAUUUUGUAUAAAUCCAAGUAUCUAACUUUGUAAAAAAAGUUAAAAAAUCUACGAAGUUUUAUCAAAAUUUCAAUCUCAGCAUAGUGCAGUGCAAGUUUGAAGUGACUUCAAAAUACCGUUGAUUUUCGCCAAUUGUUUUUUUAAUAAACUGGGCUAUAAAACUGCAUUCCCAA